AUGCCUCCCGAGCGACGGCGGCCGCGCGGGGACAGCGCCGAGGAACGGAUUGGCCGGCGUCUCCCCCGGCCUGUGAUUGGCUCUCGCCCGCGGAGGCCGUUUCCCGGCGUUCUCCGCGCGACGACAAUAAAUCACCAUUAUCUUAGCCUCUUGCUGAAUGUGAUGGGACCAGGGAAACCAGCUGCAGCUUGUGUGCCUCUGACAUCCCUUCCCCUGCUGGGCAAAAGUGAAGCGAGGGCUCUACAGACCCAGCUCCAGUUCAGUCGGAAUGUUUCUGCACAGCCAGGGAGCUUGGCUUUCCAAUACACCAGCCCUCGUCCAAUCAUAAUAGAAAAGCUGAAGCAGCCUGGGAGUAGGAAGGACCAAGGCGCUGGUGAUGGACCGGAUUUCAGAAACCCUGUUGAGUUUUCCGUCGUAUCUGAAGAGAAGCUCAACUUGGCUGUUCAGCUGGCCAAAAGGGACGUGAAGCGAAGACAUCUGGAGGAGCAUGUGAGACAGCAUUUCCUCAAUGAGAACAAGAUGGCCCCCGCGCACCCUGCGGGGCCCGGGCAGACCAGAAGGAAGGACUCUGAAAACGUUGCAGGGCUGAGAGCAUCAAACUUCCUCCAGAAGGAUGAACGACAGAUUGGCAGCUGUUCCAAACCGGAGACGACCAGCUCAGGAGCCAAAGUCUACAUCUACGCCCCAAACCGGAUCAAGUCGAAAGCAGCUGUAUCUGAUUCACCCCCCACCCAUGACCCAGGGCCUGGGCCCAGAAAGGAGGAAGAUAAGACCACCCUGGAGGUGCGGCGGCUGCAAAAGGAGCUGCAGAACUACAUCCAGAAAAUAGAAGAGCUGGCAAAAAGAGAGAGAAGCGAAGAAACUUUGGAUCCGGAUGAAGAGCGCCGUGUCCGGGUUCGAAGGCAGGAGCAGGCUGUGCGGUCUGCACGAAUGCUGUAUGUGCUGCAGCAACAGGUAAAAGAAAUUCAAGAAGAUCUGGAGAAGCUGAGUCCCCAGAAAAUCAAACACACAAAAAAGUCGCGAGCCAUGGCCCGGCUGGCAGCAGCUCACAGAGGCGCUGUCCGGGCCUUGCAGAUGUUCGCCGCUCGCUUCGCCAGCCAGUCGGAGCACCAUCUGGCUCCCGGCCACUGCAAGGAACUGGGCAACCUCAUCCGGCAGUUGUCCCUCUGCUCCGCCCGUCUUGAGAUGGACUCCUCCAUUCCCGACGUCGUCAUCGAUCUCCUGCUGCAAAUAGAGGAUUUGGACUCUUUGCUGUCCAAGAAGCAGUCGCCCAAGAUAGGGAAGAAAUGGCCUUCCACGUCUCAGGCUGAACUGCCAUCGGGCAGGGGCAGGGUGCCAAGCAGAGAGAAGAAAUUUUGUGCGAUGGAGCCCAAAAAGCCACUUGUAGCCAGAAGACUUCUCCCUUCCAACUAUGAAGAUGUACAAGAUAUUAUGGAUGACCACCGGCAGGCUGAAGAGAUGUCACCAGAGAAGAUGAGCGAUUGCUUUGGCGCAACAGCUCAAGAAAGUCUGCCUGCUCUGGAGCAAGAGGGAGCUUUUCAGGCCAGACCCCAGGAGGCCUUGAGAAGACCUGGGCCUGUGAAAAAGGCCCCUGGUCUCAGAGGUGGCCCACUGAAAAAGAGAGGAGUGGUGUUUUCUUCCAAACCUCAGGGAAGCAGUAGACCUCAGAGACCAAAAGCUGAACAGCCUCAACCCAAGCACAUCCGGUUUCAGGACACCACCGUUGCGUUCCGGCUCAAGGAGACCAAGCCGCUUGUUCAAGAAAGCCGGAUACCCUGGUUGCCUCCCAGCCCCACUUCCCCUCGAGGGUCACCUCAACGGCAACCGGAUAGAAGUCCCCGAAGCAGAGAAACUGUUUUUGAGAAAGAGAGAACAGGAGAGGGAAGACGAGGCGUGGAGAAACCAGCUGUCAGGGCUGACAGCGCCUCUCCAAAGAAGAUUAUAGAUAAGAUGGAGAGAGAGAUUCGAGAGCGUCUGGAGCCCCUCUUGGAGAAAGCACAGAAGGUGAAUCUCUCCUUGGAAAGAAACAUUCGCUUGAAGGAGCCAUUACUGGAAAGCCAGACUCCACCCCAGGGUGACGGGAAGGUUGCAGCUAAGGCCGGUAUCCUGAGCAGCAUUUUGGAGGACUCUGCACUGGAGCAGAGUCAGAAGCCGGAACAUGUGCCUCUCUCCGCUCUUGGGGCCCCAGACUUGGAGAUGAUGCUGCAGAGGAUGGAGGAGAUGGAGAGCUACCAAGAGCUGGUGCGAAGGAGGUAUAACCAGAUUGACUAUUCUGACCCUGAAUUCUUGGCCCAGGAAGAGCAAAGAGAGAAUGUGACUGUGGCAACAGAGACAUCUCCUGGGGCUCCCCAUCCCAUCCAGAUAACGAAGCCAGAAGGCCACAAUGAGCCACAAGUGGAGAUCGUAUUAGAAAUGCCCUUGGAUGCAAAUGCCGUCGAGGAGGACGUGGAGCCGGAUGAGAGGCCAGAGUCCAGCGCCCGGACUACGCAGCCCGCCGCUGGGGACAUCUCCCAGCAGAAGCAGUCCCGCACUUACCUCUCUGUACCUAAGAACAUGCUGCGAAGCAUCUGCGAUUACGGCACCCGGUACGAGCAGCACCUCAAGUGCAUUUCCCAUGAGGAGGUGGGCAACUUCAGCCCAUGGCACAUUGCGCAGAGCUUGGCAGAGGAGCUGACUGAGGAAGCCCUGGCGGAGGUGGCGGCCGAGCUGCAAGGCCUGUGCGAAGAUUACGCUGAAGCCGUUUUCACCUCGGAGUUCUUGGAGGCCACCGAGUGA